GCGUAUGGGGCUACAACGGGAGCGGCUGCGCCGCCCGGCCGGGUCAGCGUCUUGCGCAUGCGCGGACCCGGCGCCAUUUUGGUGGCCGGGCGCGGAGGUGAUUCCACACUGAGGAGAGCGCGGCGGCCGGGGUGGCAGUGGCAGCGUUUGUGUGCUCCGGUGUGAAUCGCCGAGGGAGGAGGCGGUGGUGGAAGAGGUGGCGACGGUGGCGGUGGUCGUAGCGGUGGCGGAGGAGGCGGGUACGAAUCAGCUGCGGGCGGAGACAUGGCCAACAUCGCGGUGCAGCGAAUCAAGCGGGAGUUCAAGGAGGUGCUGAAGAGCGAGGAGACAAGCAAAAAUCAAAUUAAAGUAGAUCUUGUAGAUGAGAAUUUUACAGAAUUAAGAGGAGAAAUAGCAGGACCUCCAGACACACCAUAUGAAGGAGGAAGAUAUCAGCUAGAGAUAAAAAUACCAGAAACAUAUCCAUUUAAUCCCCCUAAGGUCCGGUUUAUCACUAAAAUAUGGCAUCCUAAUAUUAGUUCCGUCACAGGGGCUAUUUGUUUGGAUAUCCUGAAAGAUCAAUGGGCAGCAGCAAUGACUCUCCGCACGGUAUUAUUGUCAUUGCAAGCCCUAUUGGCAGCUGCAGAACCAGAUGAUCCACAGGAUGCAGUAGUAGCAAAUCAGUACAAACAAAAUCCUGAAAUGUUCAAACAGACAGCUCGACUUUGGGCACAUGUGUAUGCUGGAGCACCAGUUUCUAGUCCAGAAUACACCAAAAAAAUAGAAAACCUAUGUGCUAUGGGCUUUGAUAGGAAUGCGGUAAUAGUGGCCUUGUCUUCAAAAUCAUGGGAUGUAGAGACUGCAACAGAAUUGCUUCUGAGUAACUGAGGCAUAGAGAAAGAGCUGCUGAUAUAGUCAAGCUUGCCCCUUCUUGAGGAGCAUCAACAUCUGUUAUUUUUAGGAUUCUGCAUAGAUUUCUUUUAAACUGGCAUUCUUGCCUAAUGAUGUUAUCUAGGCAACAUUGGAGACUGAAAAAAAUCCCUGCUCUGUAAAUAAAGCUAAUUAAACGUCUGUGUAAAUUUAAAAAGGGGAAAUACUUUAAUUUUUUUUCUUAAUAGUGUAAAAAUUCUUUGAGCUAAGCUAAAACCAUGGAAAAAACAUGCUACUCUAGUGUUUAGCAGUGUACCAAGACUAGCAAGAGUUUGCUUCAGGAUUUUGUUGAAUAAUUAAGAUAAUAUUUUGAGUGUGUCAGGGCCAUUCAAAUUGUUGGUGUUGCAUCACAGCUACCUUAACUGUUUUUAACAUGGAUCCUCUGUGCCUGUGAAUUUACUUGCAUGCUUGUACUUGACUUCUUAGGAUGGGUAGCUGAAAAGACCACCAUUUUAAGCAUUUGAGAAUUCUUAAAUAUGAGAUUUAUCCAGAAUUGAAGAUGGUGACCUAUUCAGAGCCUUUUUGUCCUUGUCAACAGACUGGGACACCAUAUCUAUUUUUCCCCCUCUUACCACACACAGCUAAUACUCUAAUAGUAAAUUUCUCUAUAUUUGGUGGAGGAAAAUGCCAAGGGGCAGUAUCCCUUGCUCCAUUUUUAGGUUGUCCAUUUGGAAUGUUUUGUUACAGUUCUUCACUCUUAAAACUUUCCUAUGUGAGUAAUAAUGUAAAAAUGGAGCUGCCAAUUUUGUUCCUUUUGCAAAAACAGUAAAUACUUAAUGUUGUAGUAUUCCCAAAAUUUAAUGAAAGAACCCAACUUAGUUUUUCAGUGAAUUUGACAUUUUUCUAUUUUUAAACUGAUGAAAUUUUCUUUGAGAACUUGCAAGGAUGCAAUCAACUGUUGGCAGUUUUUUAGCCUAAUUUUGGCUUUAUAGAGAUUGCUUUAUCAGGUACUUUACAAGUCACUCUUGCUUGCAUUUGCCCCUAUUGACACAUGAAAGCUGUGUGGUGUUUUACUGUACAUACUUCAGAUACACAUAGGAAUAGAAGUGUGUUAUAAAUCUAGCUUUCUUUAUGAUGUUUCUGAUGAGAAUUGAAAACUUUACCUUUUCUUGUACAUAGUCAGACUUUCUAUUCGUAUUAAAGUUACAUUUCAUUCUAAGUUCAAAAGUUUGAAAAUUAUUAGUUUUGCAAGCUCAAACACUAAUGUGACCAUUUUAUGAAGGCUGAAAUGGAUUUAUGCAGGCAGUUCUAUACAUAGAAACACAGUUCUUAUUAAAUUUUCAGGACCAAUGCAAAUAACAAUGUAAUGGAAUGAGAAUGAAUUAAAGUAAGGCUGUAUAUUGAAAGUCAUAUUAUAAAAGGUUUGCUUUCUUCAAGUGUUAUUUAUCCUAAAUUAUAAUCAUUAAGUAUUUGGAAAAUAGUUUUGAACCAUAAAUUCAGCAUAAUUUCAUUUGACUUCUCAAUAAUCUUAGAAGCAAUAAAAGAACCAUUAUUAAAUAUAUUGUAAUGUUAAAAGAUGUGAAGGUUCUUCCAAAAACUUGUAAGGCUAAUUAAUAGUAAGCUCUUGUAGUUGAUAUUAUUGCAUACUAAACACAAGUUGCUAUGUUUUUUUCCCCUAUAUAUUUGCUUAAGCAUAAAUUUCUUUAUACAAUCACCUCCUUUAAUUGUUAUAGUUUAGUUACUUUCUAAAGAUGCCAAAGGAAACAAGAUUUUUCUUUAUUUAUUUUAAAUAGCUAAAACCUUGUACUUUUCUUUAUAUUUUGAAGUAAGGUUGGGAUUGUAUGAAAUGUGGACAGUUUUGUUCCACCGUUGGUUAGAAUUAAUUCUUUUUCUUUUAGUGGAGGGUUGGCUUGGUAAUAUUUGGAUUAUUUUCAAUAUCAAACACAUCUACCCAAUUUACUAUUUGCCUGUAUUAUCAGGGUAUAUUUAAUGGUCCUGUGGUUAGACAAGAGAGAAUGAACUCAGAGGUUACUAAGGUCAAACAUUACAUACUUAGCUCUUGGAGGCAGCUAUACCUUUAUACCUUGCCUUUGAUUUUUAAGCACAUUAACCCCAUAGGUAAUCUCAUCCAACUACAAUUCAAUAUCCUCAGUGCCCAGGAAAUUGAAAAGUACAAUAUUUGGUAAAAGAGGUUUUUCAUAAUGCAUUUUUCAUUUCAAAAAUAUAUUUACCUCAUUUACAUUAAAUGUGAUAAUCCCUCUUUCCUUUCUGGUGCAUUUCCCACUUUCCUUCUGUUUCUUGUUUUUCACUUCUCUACAGAUAAAUGUAGUUUUCCCAAACAUAAAAAUUAAGGCAAUUGCUUUUUUUCCUCUGGUCUUACGGGUUUGGGAAAAGGACACUAAAACACUAAAACUGCAGGUCUAGAGAAAAGGUACCCUGGUGGAAAUUAUUUUUAUAAUUCUCAGUUUUUUGUGAUUCAUCAGUUGUAAAGGCCUCAAAAAUUAUGGUUAAAUAUAUAUAUAUUUAAUAUAUAUAUAUAUAUAUAUUAAAUAUCUCUAGGGCAGGCAGAUUUGCUAGAGGUCACUGAUAUUCCGGUAGGUUUUUAUUAUAAUUGGGUCUCUUUCCUGGGUAUGUGCCCAACUUUUAAAAGGACAAAUACUUAGCUGUAUAGUAGAAUUUCACUACAGAUAAUGAAUGAAUAGCAAUUUGUUACCCAAGUAAGUAUACAGUAGGUGGUAUAUCAGUAUUUGAGAACUUUGUACUAAAUUAGAUUCUCUGAGUUGGCUCCCCCAAAUAUUUGGAAUUGUGACUCUGGUUUACUUAAACACAUAAUACAUUCAAGUAUAUAUAUGUUUGGAUUCUGGGUAUUUUGCUUUUGAGAAGAGUAAUCUAUGAAAUGAAAGACUGUUUUCUUUUUGGAAGUAUUUCACAUUUGUGAUUGUUGGCGCUUAAAACUAUGCAAAAAUAAUUUUUUAAAGUAUAAGAAAGAAUUGGCAGUUAAAGUGGAUAUUGCUUAUUUAUGCACUACAGAAUGCAGCACAUUGUGUUACUGUUUAGGCUGCUUAUUAAUAAGUUUAUCGAUGUGAAAAGCAGAUCUUGGCUAUAAGUGUAUGCCUGAUUUGAGCUUUUAAAACUCUGCAGCAAGGGUAUGAUAAUGUUUCCACAGUACUUGUAGUGACACAGGAAAUAAAGCAUUUUUGUUGUUGUUUUAAAGAUUUAAGAUGGAUUCGGGCAGGGAAGGGUUGGAGCCAGGUAUACUUCCUUGUACAUAGAUGGAAACAAUGUUUGGAUAUGAUAAAGGAAGCUGUCCGUUUACAGUUAACUUUAUUUCAUGGACUUUUACAAAAUAAUGUAUUAAUCACUUUUUCUAGUUCAAGAAAUUUCAAUUCCAGGGUACAAACCAUUGGUUUAAAAAAUUUGCAUUUCCAUUCCUUUAGUACCAGUUUAAAAUAAAUGCUUAACAUCAGCUGUUUGCUAUCACUGGGGAAGAAGGCAACUUGAAGUAUUUACUGAUAAAUAGCCUUUUUCCCAAAUGUUACUUUUCUGCAGUGUCUAACAUAUAAUGUCACAUGUUCUGUUUGCACUGUUGCAAUAUGGAUCAAAAAUCUUGUGGCAUAGGGAUAGGGGAAUGUUAGUCUCUCCCUUGUCCUGUUUGUUCUCUUACUGCUUUAUUGGACUGAUCUACCCUCAUAAGCCUGUGAUCGUCACCUAAAUGUAAGUUGUGAAUGUGUCACCUUUUGCUUGGUUAUUUCAACCAUGCUGCUAUAUAUAUAAUCAGGUGUGGCACAGUUUAUCAGUUUGGUUCUAGGGAUGAGUGAAUACAAAUCAUUGCACUGUGCUGUUAAACGAUCCUUGUUUGCUUGCUGUUACCUACUUUUUACAGGCAUCAUAAUAAAAGCUAGACUAUUUCUUUGGGGGGGAAGAGACUUAUUUAAUGUAAUUUAAAGACUUUUCCAAUAGAAAAUGAAAUACUAUUGAAAAUAAUAAUCUAUUUUUUAGCUUUCAGCAAUUGAUGGUGCUUUGUUGUGGUGUCUGCUGGAAGUCUACUGCCAUUAUAGGGAUUCUCAUUAACCUCACUGAGAAAGAACCUUGCUUGUUAGCUUCUCUAGAUCUCUAUUCUAAACAAUCUGUUAGUGAUGAUAAAUUCUGUAGGAGGGUCUAUUCUGAGCCAUUAACUUCCUGUAAGGGGAAAAUGGGAGGGUUACCAGAAAGACCAUUGAAGCGGGGCGGGCUAUGGGUGGAGGGUUGGGUAUUUGUCUUGAGAAUUAAAAACUACGAAACACUUUUGUACACAACUGAUUUUUUAAAAAAUAAACACAUUUUUAAAGAUGUUGAAUUUUUUUUCCCCCCCUUACUGGGAAUUCUUAAAAAUAAAUGCAUGCAUGUUUUCCC